UCUGAACGUUUCACACGGUACGCUCAGCAGUCGGGUCAGAUGAGCUGCUGCCGUCCAGGAAGUACCAGCUGAAGGAGAUUCAUGUGAAAACUACAAGUCACACAAAACCAGAAAAUAAAUAAACACCUGAACCCGGGAGGUCCAGGGUGGAUUAUGGGAAGAAGGGACGCCUGGGGCCAGGGUGGAUUAUGGGAAGAAGGGACGCCUGGGGCCAGGGUGGAUUAUGGGAAGAAGGGACGCCUGGGGCCAGGGUGGAUUAUGGGAAGAAGGGACACCUGGGGCCAGGGUGGAUUAUGGGAAGAAGGGACACCUGGGGCCAGGGUGGAUUAUGGGAAGAAGGGACGCCUGGGGCCAGGGUGGAUUAUGGGAAGAAGGGACACCUGGGGCCAGGGUGGAUUAUGGGAAGAAGGGACGCCUGGGGCCAGGGUGGAUUAUGGGAAGAAGGGACGCCUGGGGCCAGGGUGGAUUAUGGGAAGAAGGGACGCCUGGGGCCAGGGUGGAUUAUGGGAAGAAGGGACGCCUGGGGCCAGGGUGGAUUAUGGGAAGAAGGGACGCCUGGGGCCAGGGUGGAUUAUGGGAAGAAGGGACACCUGGGGCCAGGGUGGAUUAUGGGAAGAAGGGACACCUGGGGCCAGGGUGGAUUAUGGGAAGAAGGGACGCCUGGGGCCAGGGUGGAUUAUGGGAAGAAGGGACACCUGGGGCCAGGGUGGAUUAUGGGAAGAAGGGACGCCUGGGGCCAGGGUGGAUUAUGGGAAGAAGGGACGCCUGGGGCCAGGGUGGAUUAUGGGAAGAAGGGACGCCUGGGGCCAGGGUGGAUUAUGGGAAGAAGGGACGCCUGGGGCCAGGGUGGAUUAUGGGAAGAAGGGACGCCUGGGGCCAGGGUGGAUUAUGGGAAGAAGGGACGCCUGGGGCCAGGGUGGCGGUCCAGACGACGUUCUGCUUGGGUCCUUCUAUCCACCUUAUUUUUGAGCUGUGGACCCAGCUUCUGUUUUUUU